GCAAUGCUGCAGAAGAAGCACUGGAGGUCCAUGUGCAAGGGGCUUGUUCUGGGAACUGUCCUGACCAGCUUUAUGCUACUGCUGUACUCCUACGUGAUUCCACCCCUGCAAGUCAGCAUGAUGGAGAUUCCUAUCCCUUACUCCUGCUCCUCCUAUCCUGCCCAGGCCAGGGUGCCAGGUGCAGCAAACAGCACCCACAGUCCCCCGGGGCAAGGAUGUCUGCCCAAGCUGGACAUCAUGUUCAUGAAGACACACAAGACAGCCAGCAGCACCAUUCUAAAUAUCCUCUUCCGCUUCGGCGAGAAGCACCGCCUCAAGUUCGCAUUCCCCAAUGGCCGCAAUGACUUCUAUUACCCCUCCUACUUUGAACGCAGCCAGGUCCAGGACUACCAGCCCGGCAUGUGCUUCAAUAUCAUUUGCAACCAUAUGCGCUUCCAGUACCAGGAGGUGCGCAAGCUACUGCCAGCUGAUACCAUCUUUCUGACAGUGCUGCGGGACCCCGCCUACCUCUUUGAGUCCUCCUUCCACUACUUUGGGCGCAUCAUCCCCCUCACCUGGAAGCUGCAAGGCGAGGACAAGCUGGCAGAAUUCCUCCGUGAUCCAUGGCACUACUAUGACCCUAACGGGUUCAACGCUCACUACCUCCAGAACCUGCUCUUCUUUGACCUGGGCUAUGACAACAACAUGAAUGCCAACAGCCCCUUGGUGGACCAGUACAUCCAGGAGAUCGACCAACAUUUCCAUCUGGUCAUGCUGUUGGAGUACUUUGAUGAGUCCCUAGUGCUCCUGAAGGACCUGCUGUGCUGGGAGCUGGAGGACAUCCUCUACUUCAAGCUCAACGCCCGCAAGGACUCCACUGUCUCCAAGAUGACGGGUGAGCUCUAUGAGAAGGCCACCUACUGGAACCUCAUUGACGCCAAGCUCUACCGCUACUUCAAUGCCACCUUCUGGCGCAAGGUGGAGGCCUAUGGGUGGGAGCGAAUGGCCAGGGAUGUGGCCGAGCUGCACCAGGAGAAUGAGAAGAUGAAGAGCAUCUGCAUCGAUGGAGGGCGCCCUGUGGAUGCCAACGCCAUCCAGGAGUCCUCCAUGCAGCCAUGGCAGCCGCUGGGCCAGAAGUCCAUCCUGGGUUACAACUUGAAGAAGAAGAUCAACAAGAAGCACCGGAAGCUGUGCCGCAAGAUGUUGACGCCCGAGAUCCAGUACCUGACCGAUCUGGGCGUCAACCUCUGGAUCACCAAGCUCUGGAGCCACGUGCGGGAGUUCUUAAAGUGGUAACAUGUGAACUGCAGCUGUCCCCAACUCCCUUCCCUCUGCUGCCCCCAUCCCUACCCAAGAGAAGAACCAAGUAAUUUCAUUUUCGUUUCUUCCUUACGUCUGUUGGCUGGAUACGGGACAUGACGCAUCGUCAAUGAGCAGAACUGGCUUGAGGCUCCAACAGGGAAUAGUAAGUUAGAGACCACGCCUCCCACCCCCUAUUCUGGAGAUCUGGUUACACAGGAGAGAAGAGGAGCCUCUGACACUUGCAGAUGGAGAUUCACUGGGGUGUGAGUAAGGAAAGGGUCAGUUGGCCACCCCUCCUCCCACCUAGCUCCCCAACACCAUCUGUCUAGGGUACUCCUGGGUCGGCUUCCUCCACUGCAUCCUCAGGUCAGUGCUGCAACACUGAGUCUAACCAUCUUAGCCCGCUCCCCUGAAUGAGCUGAGGGCAGGCCCUGAGGAGCAAGACCAGGACACGGGACACUAUAAUUGAUUAUAGUAUCUUACUAAUUGUUUGGGGGUUGCUUUUCACAAUGUUUUUUUUUCUUGCUUCCAUUUGAAAGCGUUGGGGGCAGCGUCUAUGACAGCGGGAUCCCAGCCCGGGUCCGUCACUCAUGUUAAUAGCAGUAUAUCUGUCACAGCGUAAACAGGAGACAAGCUAUAGGGGUUGCGUGUGUGUGUGUGUGUUUGUACAGAUGGCUGAGUUUUUGUGCUGCACACUGAUGGGUGUAUGCUUUAAUGUGUAUGCAAUGCAUUGCAAUGUGUGAAGGAAUCUCUGGGGGAUGGGGGAUGUCAGAUGUGUUAUACUGUAUAUUCUGGGUGUGAGUGCGCUUGUGAACAAUACAUUACUCUGUGUGUGUGUAAAUAGUACAUGACAGUGAACAUUGGAAUUAAUGGGGGGAUGGCCAGUAUAUUUGUUGGUGGUUUGCGGGGAGCCUUAGCCUGUUACAUUACAUGAUUCUCUCUGUGUGUGAGAGACUGAUCUGUUACACUGUGUAUUUGUUGUGUGAACAGUACUCUGCAGCAAACAUUGGUCUCUCUAGGUGUGUCACUAUGUCACUGUGUGUAUCUCAGUGUGUGCAGGGUGUACAUACAGGAAUCUGUGCAUGGUUGACAUGUGGUGGCUGUGUACAAUACAGUACAGUGAAU